UGAACAAGAAAUGUCUACGUUCGAUUGAUUUUUAAUAGGAUUGCGACGAAAAUAACCCACCUCAUCAACCGUGAAAAUCGCAUAGCACUGGGUCGAUAGAACUUAAGAGGUUAAUAUCUAUUCUAGAUUGCAUUUCAACUUUGGAUUUGUGAGUCAAUGUGCAGCGUCUUUGAAUGAUUUGAGUAUAUGUUCUAACCAUGGAUUAGCACAUGCAUGAUUCUACAUACACUUUACAAAUAAUUUUGAAGUUCAUUCGACCGUGGAAUUUUGAAUCCGUUUUUCUUGCGCUCCCAAAAUCGAACCAUGUCGGAUUCGGAGGAGCACUACCGUUUAGUGGUCAUGGGAUCUGGAAAGGUAGGUAAAACCGCAAUAAUUCAACAAUUCAUCAAUAAUAAAUUCGAGGAGAAGUAUAAAGAAACCGUGGAAGAUCUACAUUGUCGAGAAUAUCAUAUUAACGGACAUAGUAUUAAAGUAGAUAUUCUAGACACUUCUGGGACAUUGCAAUUCCCAGCUAUGAGGAGAUUGUCCAUAUCAACAGCGCACGCUUUUGUUUUGGUCUAUUCUAUUGACGAUUCUGCGUCGUUUGAUAACGUUAAACAAAUAUACAACCAGAUCCAGGAACAGAGAACAAACUUCGGUGAUAUACCUAUCGUGGUCGUAGGAAAUAAAACCGAUCUCGAGCUCCAACGUCGGGUGGACAUCGACGACGCCCGCGUGACUCUAGCGCAAAAUAACUGGAACUGCGCGCACCUUGAAGCGUCGGCAAAGGAGAAUUCUCUAAUACUGGACAUAUUUCAGAAGCUUCUACAGAUGGCGAAGAUUCCCAUUGCUAGGGAGUUGAGCCCCGUGUUGAAACGGAGAAUGAGUGAGUACGGUUACAAGUCAAGGCAGCGGGGAGAGAGGAGAAGUUUCAGGGAAAGCGACAAGGAUUUGUCAAGAAGUCGGAGCUUGAUUCGGAGAUCAGCGAGACCUAAAAUGAAAGCAACGGACCCUAACAAAAAUGACUGUGUCAUCUGCUAGCUGUGCGGUCAUAAAGAGAAAAGUCGGAUUGUAUCUAUAUUUGUAUUGAUUAUGCGCUGUGUCCUGGACUGUGAAUGUAUAAGAUGGAUGGGUGUGUGAUCUGACGAGUGGUAUGUUAGGCUUCAUCGAGUGUUGCAUUUCUCCAUGACUGCAAAGAUGAGCUCUGCCUCAUUUUGAUUGUGAAAAUCUUGUUGUUUUUAAUGUGUAAGGAAAAUGCAUUUUCAGUUCUUCCACCAUUUGCUGCAAGAUGAGGAAUGGAAGCUAAUGAUAAUGAUUAA